GCCAUCGAUUUUUGCGCCGUACAAACCAUUUUCAACCAUCAGUGACAUUGUAAACACGUUUUCAUGGGAACGCUGCGUUUUCGUAUAUAAGAGAAAGUGAAGUAUGAAUUUGUUUUAAAAAAAAAUAUGCGUCAAACUCUGCCGGCUCAAAACGACAAUGGCCGCUCAAAAUAAAGUUGAAAGUGCUUCCGAAGAGAUGCCGGCUAAUGAUCCCAGCACGGACCAGAAGGAGCGUCUCAUAGCGGCGGUUAAGAAAGAAGUGAAGCAGUUGAUGGAAGAGGCUGUAACCCGUAAGUUCGUUCACGAAGAAAGUGGUGGGGUGACUGCACUAUGCGGCGCGGUUGAAGCCUGUCUCGGUCAAGGGCUUCGUCGACGGGCCCUCGGUCUCUUUAAGACCAGCUCCACAACCGCCCUGUUGCAUAAGAUCGCUAAGAAUUGCCCGGAAGCGGCUUUAGUAUCAGCUCGUGUUCUAGCAGCGGAAGGUGCCCCUGCAACUCGAUCAGCUUCAGGAGUCGAGAGACGACCUUCAGCCCCUCGACCACCUCUAAAUAAGAGAGGCUCUGGGUCCCUGCUUUCACAAUCACCACCACAGUCCAAGUACCUCUGGAUACGGAUAGCUCUCUUCGAACGUCAAUUGUCGAAGAUAAUAGAGCAUCUGGUGAACAAUGCAAGCAGAUAUUACGAAAGAGAUGCAUUGGUAGCGGAUCCCGAUUACGGCAGUAUCUUGAGCUCUCUGCUGGUUGGACCUUGUGCUCUCGAAUAUUCAAAGGCCAAAGCACCGGCAUGUUUCUGGACAGACCCACCAGCAGACGAACUUGUCCAGAGGCAUAGAAUGUCAGCAGGAACAACAACUCCGCCAUCAGUACGAAGACCCAUAUUAAACUUCAGAAGGAGUCUGAACGCAUCUUCGGAGGACAGUGGAGCUGUUAGCUCAGCCUCUGGCAAUACUUCAAGUUCUACUGCCAAAGAUUAUGUGGAGAGCUUACACCAAAAUUCGAGAGCUACGCUUUUAUAUGGCAAAAACAAUGUACGGGUUCAACCGAAAGAUGUAGAAGAACCCAUGCCAGGUUAUUUGAGCCUGCAUCAGACAGCAGCUGGUCUCGUCAUAAAAUGGACGCCUAAUCAGUUGAUGAAUGGAUACGCUGAGAGCGAAGGUGUCGACAAAAGUCGCUGGCACCUAGUACAUACAACGGCUUGUCCCCAUACUGUUCUGUCUAGUAAGGCGCCAUGUACUGUAUAUAGACGGCGAUGUUCCGGACCCCUUUGUAUCGAUUGUGUAUACUGGGCGAUGUCCCUCCAAGUCUGUGUGUGGGAGGUCGUGUACGUUCAUGUACAUCGGUCACAGGCGAGUGAUGCCCUCAUACUUGUUGGACAAGACGGCGUCCAACGUCCACCGAUACAAUUCCCCAAAGGAGGACAUCUUCUAUCAUUUCUAAGCAAUUUAGAAACUGGCCUUCUACCACACGGACAAUUGGAUCCGCCGUUGUGGUCACAAAGGGGAAGCGGAAAAGUGUUCGGACGUGGUAAAAUCCGUAGACGACCGAUGCCAAGUCUUUGCGAGUCCGGUGAAUCCGAAGAACCGGAUUGGGACGAGGCCGCGGGAGAUUACGUGUUUCGUAUUGUUAAUAACGCACUCACUGACAGAGAAGCAAUACGUCAUUCUUUAUUGGAGCGUGUGAUACAAUCUCCUCCAAGGACGCCUCGUAGACCAUUGGCCUCUACGUCAACAACUUCAUCAGAUUCAUCCACCAUGUCCGUAGAUUGUCCUCCGCCUUCUGUGAAUGGGAUCGUAGCUACGCCGGCUAAUAAUUUCGUAGAACAGUCUUUAACGCAAUUACGUGUCCAGGCUGCAUCUAUAGAACUCGUCUGCAGUACUAUGCGUCGUCAAAUCAUAUCCAGGGCGUUCUACGGAUGGCUAGCUUACUGUCGCCAUUUAUCAACAGUACGGACACAUCUCAGCGGUCUUGUUCAUCCCAAUAUAAUUUGCAGAGAAGGCACAGAGAACGGCCUUACUGCGGAACUUUGGAAUUCCAUGAUGGAUAAUAAAGGUGCGGUGACUGAUAAGGACGAAGUUUACCGUGUAGUAUACUAUGGAGGGGUACAACACGACAUACGACGAGAGGUUUGGCCGUAUCUUCUCGGUUACUAUGAGUUUGGUUCAACAGCAGAAGAGCGAACCGAACAAGACGCAGCUUACCGCCGUCAGUAUGAAACAACAAUGUCAGAGUGGUUAUGUGUUGAGGCGAUUGUUCGACAGCGUGACAGGGAAGCCACAGCCGCGUCCAUAGCGCGACUUAGUGAAGCCUCAGGAAAACCACGACCUGAAGCUAGCGAGGCUAAUGAGGUAUUUGAAGACGAUUGCAGUGUGAUAUCUGAUAAUCCUCCAAUAGUUUCCCCUGAACCAAGCGAAAAUGAACAAAAGAAGCCUGAAUCUAAACCGGUGCUAUCACGAGCGCCUAGCAUAGACGAAGUGGAAAACAUAGAAAUGGACUCAGAGGAGAAAGGAAAAGACGAUGUAACUUUAAACGGAGAGACUGAGACAAGUGAUAGAGAUAUUGCUGAUGAUAGUUUCACUGAGCUAGAAGAAGACGACGAAGAUGUCUACGCUAAGAGUGUAAUCGAAAAUCCAGAGAUGAGGAGGGAGAGCAUAGCGGAAAUCAAGAGAUUAGCUGAAGGUAUCGUACAAAAGAGCGAAGGGAGAGGUCUGCUUUGCAGUGUUGAUAGUGCCAAUAUAAAUAUUAAUGGUAAUGAUAAAGUGGAUGAAAACCAAACAACAAGACAGGAACAGCAACAUACUAGCGUGAUUAUAACAAAUCCCUCCGUUGACUUGGUGCCAUCUGGUUCACCUGCGUCCGGUGGUACUACAGUUAACGUAAGUCCAGCUCGUAGUCCAUUGGGUGUGGUCCGUGAGGAGUCUCAGUCCGCAGGAGCAUCCUUCGACACUUUAGAGCCAAGUGACGCUCGUCCUGACAACAGAUCCGACUGCGUAUCACCAGCUAGCUCUAAUGGAGGGGUCUAUUCGAAUGAAUUGGUUGAGAGUUUCGCGUUAAAUCUUCACCGCAUCGAAAAGGAUGUUCAGAGAUGUGACCGAAAUUAUCCUUUCUUUAAUGACGAAAAUUUAGAUAAACUGAGGAACAUUAUGUGCACGUAUGUGUGGGAGCAUCUGGAGACAGGUUACAUGCAGGGCAUGUGUGACCUAGCAGCUCCUCUGCUGGUUGUAGUCCGCGAGGAGGCGGCCGCCCACGCCCUGUUCACACAGCUGAUGACACGCGCUAGAGACAACUUCCCAUCGGGACAGGCCAUGGAUGCACAUUUUGCAGAUAUGAGGUCUUUGAUACAAAUUCUCGACUGCGAGCUGUACGAGUUAAUGCACGCCCACGGCGAUUACACUCACUUCUACUUCUGCUACCGCUGGUUCUUGCUGGACUUUAAGAGAGAACUUUUGUACCAGGAUGUGUUCUCCGCGUGGGAAUUGAUCUGGUCAGCUCGUUACGUGUCCUCUGAGCACAUGGUGCUGUUCUUAGCGCUGGCGCUGCUGGAGACCUAUCGUGACGUCAUCCUCGCUAAUGCCAUGGACUUCACGGACAUCAUCAAGUUCUUCAACGAGAUGGCCGAGCGUCACGACGCUGCCGCCGUUCUAUCACUUGCAAGGGAUCUCGUCCUUCAAGUUCAAACUCUAAUAGAGAACAAAUAAAGAUCAAAUUUAUACAAAAUAUAUAUUUAUAGAUGAUAGAAUAAAUUAUGAAUUAUAUUAGACGUUUCAUAAAUAAUAUAUUGAAUUUUAUCUUUUUACUGUCUGUACUAUCGGAGUAUAAGGCAUAGCGCACAUUGUUAAAUCUUGAAAUAACAAGUACACAUCGCUUCCAUAUAAUAUAAUAUGGGAUAUGUAUGUAUAUACAUGUAUGUACAUGUCCUAAAAUUAUAUAUUAACUGUAAAACAGUUUUGAACUCUUGUAUACUUUUAUAUGUUUGUAUUAUAUUAUCGUUACACUGUCUUUAAAAUUAAAAUAUUCAUAUAAAUUUUAUAAAUGUCCCCAAUGUGCACUCAGCCUGGCUUUAAGGACGCAAUAAAAUUUACCGAAAACUUAAAAAAAAAAUUAAAUACAUAUAUAUUUUGAUACUCUAUCACGUAGAUUUUUUCCCAGUCAUUUAUCACUGAUGUAAGAAAAUAUAUGGAUAUCAAUUUUAGGGUAAAUAAAGAUGUCUUAUUUAAUGUUAUAUGUAAUGAAAUACAUGUAUCAAUUUAAUAUAUAUAAGACGAUGUACCUGUGUGUGUGAGAACCUAAUUUUUGUUUUAACUAAACGUUAAUAAUGACCAACGGUCCGUUACAGUGAACCAUACUUUGUAAUUUCAGUUCUACCCUCCUCCUGUGCCUUGACCUCCAGAAAGCCCUUUAAAUCGUUCUCCACAUAAAAAAUAUUAAAACAUAAGUAUAAUAACGACUUUAUAAAGAUUAGUUAGUAAAAAAAAUAAUAUAAAAAAUAAUACACCUCUAUGAAUAAAUUUUUCCAACAAACACACGUUUUAUACAUAUUCAAAAUUAUAUCUUCGUAUAUUUUUCUAUAUAGUUCAAUGUUGGUACAUUUCUACAUAAGAUAAACAUUAGUUUAAUAUUUCAUUGUUAUUGUGUAAUUAAUUAUCUUAUAUCAUAUAAAAUUAUUUACAUGUACGCGCUUCCAGGGAUUGUUGUCAUUGAUCAUUUUGUUAUUAGAUAAAUUUUUUUUUUUUUCAAAGAACGUCUCACGUCUUAUGAGGUAUCCAUAAAGCUAGAUGCAUUUUAUUUAUAAAUAGCUAUUCUCUUAUACUAUUUAUGGAUUUAUAAUAAUUAAGAUUUAAUUGAUGUGCUUUAAUGUUUUAUUAAAUAUUUGUGAUCGCAUUACGCUUAGUUUCCUGAUGAAAUGGCCUACGUCCGCAGCGAAGCUUUACCGCGCCGUGUCCAACACGUUAUGGUGUAAAAUUGCAAUUUUAUAUUAUAAUUAUAUAUGUGCAUGGACGGAUCACUCUUACAUGUAUAAAUUUAUCUAAAUUGUGCUACAACUGUCCCACUCACUCAUAUCUAAUAAGAGCGGGACGUAUUUCGUAAUUUGCACAUAUCUAUGUAUUUCAACAUGUAAGAAUGACGACUUCUCAUUUUUAGCGACAAUAUCGAUAUAUUCAAUGUUUUUUCAAUAAUAUUCAUCAUAUAGAAAUUGUUGAUUAAGAUGUAUUUAACAAAGUUUAUUGUACAGUAGCAUGUUGAAAUAGUCUUGGUAGAUUCGAUUAUUUGAAAAUGGCGUUUCUGAUUCCUAGAAUAGUUUGAACGGUUGACGCGUUCUCGAACACUUCAUACCGCGAGGCAAUGAUUGCAACAGAUACUUCCUUUAAUCUAUGAUAUUGUUUUUUUUUUUUAUUAAUAAAUUAUAUUGAAUGAAAAUAUAACUUGUUAUUCAGUGCUUAUCAGUUGUUAAUUGACUAAAAUAAAUUCCCCUCGAUCAAUUUAAUUUCCAACAAUUGUUACUUGUUAAGUUUAUCAGACAGGAAUGUUUUUGUGAUUUAAUUUAUUAACACAAAGUCAAAUUUUAUACCAUAGUGUAUAUUUUUAAGCAACCUUGCAUGUAAUACAUUAUUUAUACAUUUUUUCCUAUGUUUACGGAAAACCUUUUAUCCUGUUUCCGUAAUUCUAGUUAGCAAACAACUACGUACCACAGAUUAAAGAAUGAAAUAUAAUGUUUAUUUAUUAUCUGUCAUUAUUUGCUUUUAAUACUGGCAAUCUAUGAUUUGUCCUUUUUUUCUGCCGUAAUCUUAAGCAUUUACUUCCAGUUAGAUCUAUCAAAUAUUAGUAAUACUGUAGCUGUAGAGUUUUCAACAAACAACUAUUUUUUGUGAAAUCAUCUUGUCAUUAAAAUGUUUCUAAUUAAA